AGGAAGUAACGGCGCACGAGAACGCCGGCUGUGACCGGACGUUAGCGGUGACCCCGCGUGAGGAAAAACCGCGCGGGUGCAGUCGGCAGCAGCCGAGUGAGUUCGGCUGGGCGGUUCGACGCGCUCGCGGCCGCGCCGUGCGAGACAAGUCGGAGCGGAGACUCGCGGGCAGGGAGGCGUCCGGGUUCGGCUGGGCUGGAGCCGGCGGCUGCCGAGUGAGUUCGGCUGGGCAGUUUGACGCGCUCGGGGCCGCGCGGCGCGGGACAGUCGGCGAGUUGGGAAUUUUAGAUUGGGAGUGACCCCUGUGAUUCCAGCCAUGGGUGCCUCAGCAUCUUCUCCUACUACUGCAGUAAACGCCUCGAAUGCUUCAGAUGGUCAGCCAGCUUCACCACCUUCAGGAUGCCCGAUGCAUGAAGGGCAAAGGAAAGGCUGUCCAGUGACUGCAGCAACAUCUGACCUGACCAGUGAGAGCAAAGCACACACUGUGCCUGCUCACCAAGACCGGGCCUAUGAUUAUGUGGAAUGCCCUGUUACUGGUGCUGAAGCUAAGGAUAAGGAGAACCUCGAUCCUUCAAACCUGAUGCCACCACCUAAUCAGACACCAUCCCCAGAUCAGCCAUUUACUUUGUCUACCUCAAGAGAGGAGUCAUCAAUUCCAAGAGCUGACUCUGAGAAAAAGUGGGUUUACCCUUCUGAACAGAUGUUCUGGAAUGCCAUGUUGCGGAAAGGGUGGAAGUGGAAAGAUGAUGAUAUUAGUCAAAAAGAUAUGUACAAUAUCAUUAGAAUUCACAAUCAGAAUAAUGAGCAAGCUUGGAAGGAGAUUUUGAAAUGGGAAGCCCUUCAUGCUCACGAGUGUCCUUGUGGCCCAUCAUUGGUCCGAUUUGGAGGUAAAGCAAGAGAGUAUUCACCAAGAGCAAGAAUUCGUUCCUGGAUGGGGUAUGAAUUGCCUUUUGACCGCCAUGACUGGAUCAUCAAUCGUUGUGGCACAGAAGUUAGAUAUGUGAUUGAUUACUAUGAUGGUGGUGAGGUGAACAAGGACUACCAGUUCACUAUCCUGGAUGUGCGUCCUGCCUUUGAUUCAUUCUCUGCAGUAUGGGACAGAAUGAAGGUUGCUUGGUGGCGCUGGACUUCGUAACUAUUAUUUUGUUUGUUAUGAAAAAAGUGAAACUUUUUUCCUGAGAAAGCUGUUAAAACUAUUUUCCCCAAACUAAAUGCACUCAUAAUGUCACUGAGGGUACUUUUCAAGUGAGUGAUCAUAUUUGAUCUUGUAUUUAACAAAGAUGCCAUGCCCCGUUAAAUUUUGAGUCACAUUUUCCAUUGCAGAUGAUAGGUCAGUUUAAUUUUUUUCCCUGUUUGGUAUAAGUUCCUUAGUUUUCCCACUAACUACAGUAUUUCAUGUUAUUUUCUUUAGACAUCUUAACAAUCUCUGAAAAAAGAGGUUUUAAAAGCAUAAAAACUUGUUUGUUUUUAUUCUUACUGUUUCCUCAGGAGUAUUUGAGAUAUAAAACCUGAAAGUGUGUGAUGCUUUUACCUGCCAAAUAAUUUAACUAUAUUUAUUAUAAAUAAGAAUCACUUGUUUUAAAAGUAACUAAUAUUUCUAAAAUCCCUUUAGUCUGAACAAAAUGUACAAGUAUAUACUGAAUGAAGUCUACAAGACUGAUAUGUCUAUGUUUAAAUGUGAUUUCAGAUUUGACCCUGAUAGAAAUUUCAACUUGAUUUAUAAAAAUUUCAAAAUACUUGUUUUUUCAAUUCUGUCCCAAUAUGUAACUAUCAAUGAAAAGCUGAUCACACUAUCCCUAGAAGAUGACAAAUUAUGUUAUGUUAUCUCAUCCCAUUCCCUCUUCCCACUUGGUGCUUGCCACCAGUAGUGUAAUGUAAACCUGAGAGCCUGGCUCCAAUCACAGUGCCAGAAGUGUUUCUUUGACAAAUAAGAUUAUAUUUGGCUAAGUGUUAGAAUUCACAAGAAGUGCAUUUUUUUUCAGAUGUGAAAUGUUUGCAUCAAUUCACCAUCAUUUUGAUGUUUUAAGCAUGUGCUGAGUUUGCUGUUGAAAACUGGUUGUUUUGCUGGGCAGUAGUGGCACAAGCCUUUAACCCCAGCAUUCCAUAGAUCUCUGAGUUUGAGGCCAGCCUGGUCUACAGAGUGAGUUCCAUGACAGCCAGAAAAAUCAUCUCUCUAAAAACCAAAAGAAAAAGAAAAGAAAACUGGUUGUUUUUAUUUUAAUUAUAGCAACACGUUAGAAAUACCUUUUUCUUAAAUGUUGAUAAUAUGAAAAAAAUUAAUUUAUCUUAAAUACUGUAGUAUUUAGUGGACAGAAUUUGUGUUUUUGAGCUAUUUGAAGUAGAUUUCUUUGUUGUAUGAUGCUUUAAAAAUUCAACAUGUGAAAAUAUUUGUAUUUUUUAAAUAAAGGUAACAGUUAAAAGAUUC